GGCCUGGGCCAGCUUGAAGCCUACAUUGGUGCAGAGGAAGGAGUGGCUCUCCAGAUGGACAACAGCAUGUUCUGGGAUUCACUGAGCAGUGGUUUACACUGGACCGUGGAAGGCGUACCUGAAAAGAGAAGGUCGAGCAAAUUUUGGCUGAUUCCAGCACCAUCCGGAAGGGUUAUGUUGAAAAACUGGAUAGGUUUGUUUCUUGCUGCAGUGGAUGUAUAUUCAGAGCAGAAAAUCUUCCCCAUCCAACCUGUUCAGUACUCAAAAAAACAAUCCCUGAGGUUUGAAGUGUUUUUCAGGAACAAUAUGGUGGCCUUCCGGGCCUACAAUGGUCUCUUUCUGGCCAGAACAUUUAGAGGAUUCAAUACACUGGAAGCAGCCAAGUUCUUUCCUGAUGAGACCUGUUGUUUCCUACCCCAGAUUGGAGAUACUGAUCUCCCAGUUUUUGAAAUCCUAAGCGUUGUCCCAAAUGAUCUCUCCCAGAUCCAUUGCCACCAGUAUUUUGUGGAUAAACAGGUCUUCUACAACCCAAGAGAGAUUCCAACCCCAUACACUUUUGGCCUCACUUGGGUCACCAACUCCAUUGACAGAGUGACUUGGAACCAUCUCUGGGGGCUGGGCUUGCCUUCUUCCUGCAGUUUCAAAAUUGAGGAUGCAACACCCAUUGUGAGGUACACAGAGAACAAUGAACAGAACUUUUCUCUGGUGAGGCCAAUUGACAAGUUCAUAAUCAAAAGGGUGGAGGUACCCCCCAAGACCAAAGCAGUAGCAACCCUUUGGGUUGAUAUACAGCAUAAUGUGGUUCUACCAUUUGUGGCCACGGUCCAAAAAGUGAAAAAUGGUGGGUUCCCAGAACGAUUUUAUGAAAGGGGAGCAUGGAGAGGAAUGGUCUAUAAAAAUCUUCGAAUAGAAGUUACAAUGGAGCCUAUUUGUCAGGUUUGCACGAUCAUGUGA